UGUUGUCCAUAGCGAAUAUUUACCUCCAUCUGCAUUGUUAAAAAUGUUGGGCGAUGAAUUGGACAUUUAUGAUGAUUUGGACGAUUUUCAAAAAGUGGAAGAGCAGAAAUCAAAGGAACUGCAGGCAUGGGAACAAAAAUACGAAGAUGCUAAGGUUGAAAUUGCAGGCUUGCAGUCCUUAAAUAAAGCACUGAAUAAGAAAGUAAAAACAAUGGAGGUGAAUCUUCAGAAUCUUCUUGAAACCGCCAGAGCAGAAAUUAAGCGAAAGGAGACAAUUAUAACUGAGCUCCGGAAAGAAAAGGAUGACAUAUGUUUUCGACGUAAGCGUGCCAAGUUUGGCGAACCAGGUUCUUUGCAGACUGGAAAUACGGAGCGCCUGCUUAAAAAGCCAGAGGACACGAUCCGAAAAGAGAUAAGCGAAGAUGCUGAUGAGCUCCCGCAACCUAAAGCAGAGUCAGUAGGUCAAAGGCCGCCUAAUAAAAAAACGAAGGAUGUAAGCGAUUAUCAGGAAAAAUUAACGGGCCACAAAUUAUCCAGACAUAAGUCAGAUGCUGAGCCAAAGAAGCAUCCCUCAGUUGAUAGAGCUUCUUACGACAAAGACCCGCGUCAGAAAAAAGACAAUGAGAAGAGAACAACAGAAAAGCAACACAGUCACAAUCGGGAACAGGACCAGCUCGGUGAAGACAAUAGACGCGACGCUGUCAAACGUGAAAAAUAUACUAAAUCACCGGCGCAACAAAGUAAAGACAGAGCUGGAGAAAAUAAAUCAAAGACACAGCAAUCUGAUGUGGAGCCAAAAAGACACCACUUAAAUGAUAUAUACUCACGUGGACAUGGACAAAAUCAUAGUCAAUGGCAUGAAUCGUCUAGUCGAUCCUCUAGAGACGAACGUCACAAUAGCCGAGAUAGGCAACGAAGUCGCGACCGGUUGCGUAGUCGGGAACAUGACAGUAAAAGUAAAACGCGUUUCAACCGACGAAGUCGCUCUCGUUCUCGUUCAAGAUCCAUGAAGUCCAGCGGUCACGAUAGGCAUGCCAAGCGUUAUCGAUCCAAAUCACCCGAAUUAACUCGAGAACCACUUAAACCCCAUGCGAAGGAUUCGGAUAAGCUGCAAUCGCUUUUUGGACAAACUCCACCACCUACGUCUCUUAUUCCAACCAACAUUAGCAGUGAAACCAUUGCCGCUGUUUUGGACAAAUUGGAAAAAGAUGUGACUCCAUUUACGCCAAUUGAGCAAUACACUCCACAACAUUUAGGGAAUAUUGUGGAUGUGAAGUCAAAUGAAAAAAACCCCACCCAAGCAGAUGUUGAUGGCUAUUUUGUUAAAAAUACCCUGCAGCAAGAUUCUUCAAUUACAGUAAAUCCCACAGAACCUUUAGCUGCCUCAAGUGUUGCACAACUGUUAGAGAAUAUUGAUAUUGCGUUGGUUGCGAAAAAAGCAAGUAUUAUCAAUUCAAGCUUUUGGAGCACUAAAACGAAAACUGAGAAAAUCCCGGGAUUGGAUCUGAUGGGGACUGCACAAGAAGAGAAGCCUACUUUGUUUGUUGAUAAUAUGAAAGACCAUAUGACUGAAGAAAUGAAGGAAACUGGGCAAAUGGUAGUUGAAUCAGCGAAAAUCAUGCCGAACAAAGAAACGUCAGACGCACCAGAAAAAAAUAACAACAGUGGAGGUGGCGAGGUUGUGCUCCGUAAUGUGGACAUUAGUAAAACUUUUGAGGGAACGGAUGAGAAACCUCUGCCGGCAGAAAUGGUUGUUCAGCGUGCAGAGAUUACCGAAGAACUAACCACUCAGAAGAACCAAAGCCAAGAAAUAGAUGCAAAAGACCAAGAGGAUCGGAAUGAUCUUUCAAAAGCUACUAAUAUCAAUAAAAGCACUCAUCUCGAGGGGGAAGAAAAUAUAUCUCGCGAACCGAAGCCAAAACAAACGCAACGGAGUGUUGAAAUAACUGGAGAAAGUAAUUUUCUGAAAGGCUUAAAAGCUGAAGAGGGUGCAGAGAAGGAUUUCAAGAGUGAUGAUAUAGACGAACUGCAAAUAAAUGGGCCUGAGAAAAUUGCUGACGAUACCGAACAAAUACUAACAAGUCCUCAUAGUAAUAGUGAGAGUGUAAAAGACCGUAAUGUUAUUGUACAAGAAGAUGUUAUACCUGCGUCCGGAGAUUGUUUGUCGGCUAUUGAAAUGGAGCUUGAUAACGAACAUCUGGCCUCACCAACACGACCUAUUGAAGGUAUACAGAUAAUUGAGGAUAUUCGUUUACCCAACAAUAUGGACAUAGAGCAUAUUGCAGUGCAGAUGGAUAGCUUUGAUAGUAAGUUGGUACAUGACAACGCUCUGGAAGCGAAAAAGGUAGGUGUAGGCGAUAAACAAAUCGAAAAUUUGCCCAACAUCGAUUCUAAAAGUAAUAUACUGAAAAGCUCCGAAAACUGUGAACACAAUGAAGGUGACCUUGAGAAAGAUAGUUUCGUAGAGAAAAUACCUGAGAAGUAUUUUGAAGAACAGCAUGAGCCAAUUUCAGCAUUAAUUCAAGAUAAAAAGAAUGAUGUUCUCAACAAAGAGACUACUUCAAAAGUCGCCGAAAGUAAGCCAGCACCUAUUAUGUAUGCCCAACCGGACUCGACAAGAGCUGACCAACACGACGACCGUGAUGAUGAUGCCACACUCGAGGCUGCCAUGAUUGAGCUUAUCACAGAUUCAGACAAAAUUACCAUGGUUACCCCCAGAAAGAGCGAUUUCAAUUUGGGUGAGGAAGCUGAUAUCAUUGAACUGACAAUGCAGAAGCUGCAUCAGCAAACAUCGCAAGUGGAUGAAGCCGCUGUGACCUCAACAUCAAUGAAAUUACAGCAAACACCAAAAAAAGAUCUUUUAGAAAUCUUAAGCGAAUCACCAGUAGCAGCAUCAAAAACCACAGGCCGCAAAAAAGAACGAAACGCGGAGCGAGUUGCUGAAAUCGAGCGUAACAGUCCCAUGAAAAUGAAAAUAAAAAUUAAGAAACCGGGGGCGCGCAUAGCUUCUGAAGCAGAGUCAAUCAAGGAGAGCGGGCAAAUCAUAUCCCCCGAGACAAGUGACACGACGCCCUUGAAGAAGCGCAAACUAAACCUAACUGACGAUAGUGGAGAAGAACAUUAUGUACCGCAAACCCCAGGAACCCCGGUUGCAGACAAUUCGGCGUCUGACUCCCUUAAUGUGACCAUUGAUGAGACAAUCAAUACAUCGAGUCUGAAUCCCGAAAAUAAUACAAGCAUAAGCGAUUACGACCGUAGUGAGAAGACCCUAAUUACUAAGCGCUGUUCAUUGGGCAACAGUGAUUAUCAAUUCGAGCGUAUAAAUGAUGAGGUCAUAUUACGGGUUACACGACGAGGACGUAGGCGAUGUAUAGCGCCAACUCCUGAAAGUGUCGAUCAGAAAAAUUAGCACAGAAUAAUACCCUUUUUAUAAAUUUGUCUAUGAAAUUACCUACUAUUGUGAUAAAUAAAAUGUUUAAUACGUGUAUGUUAAAAA